AUAAAUCACUCAAAGUAAAAGUCAGCGGCUAUUUUAAAAGCAAGGAUGGACAAGGAUGGUGGCGAGCCAAAGACAUACGUGUCCACUGUCCGCCUGGCGUUCAAGAGGCACAGACGCAACGGACGGGACUCUCCCGAGAAAGCGGCGUUCUCACCUGCGGCAGAUCCCAGACAGACCCCCGUGGAAUCACUCGGCCCGCCACCCUUCACGGAACCGCUCCGCCACCACACCGACAGCGAAGGAAGCGCCGCCACAUUGCCAGCGUCUAUCACAGGAAGUUCCCCACUAAGUGUUUCCUGCCUACACAAUGGUGAUGUAUCACAUCUCCAUAAAUCCUCUGACAAAAAUGGCGUCGCCGGUGCGACUCUAAGGAAGGGUUCGCCUGAGGACAGCGAGACGUUGAGAUGCGGUGCGGAAUCACACAUUAGAGAAACAAAGACCUUCUGCAGUCCAAACAAUUGUGAGGUGAUGGCGGAAAACACAGAAGCAAACCCUGAAAAAGAGAGAGGCCAGAGGCCAGAAGGUCCUUCUGUGGAGUUUGUGGAUCCUCCAGAUCAAGUGGAGGUUCGAGUCGGUGAGCAGGUCCAAUUGCAGUGUCCGUUCAGGAGCGCCUCGGUCCCUGUUGCUUGCUGCUGGAUCUUCAACCGGGACAAGGCGCUGCUGCUCGGGCCCAGGAUGUCCAUCAUUAGCGACGACGCACUGAGCAGCUUGGUGAUCUCGCAGGCCUGCGCGGACGACACGGGCUCGUACACGGUCAUAGCUCGGAACAGAAUCGAUUCCGCCGAACAUACCGUCUCCCUCAGCGUCAUAGAUCGACCUGAACCCCCUGCGUCCCACCCGGUGGUCUCCCAGCUCUCCGCCGAGUCCCUGGUCCUGUCCUGGACGGGUCCCCACUACGACGGAGGCAGGGCCGUGUUGGGUUACAUCGUGGAGGUCCGGCAGAAGGGUCCGGACGCUUGGACUGAAGUCGCCGAGCGGUGCAAGAACACGUCUUACCAGGUCUGUUCAGGCUUGGAACCACACGGCCAGUACCGCUUCAGAGUCCGGGCCUACAAUUCCGCGGGGGUCGGCGAGCCCAGUCAGGAGUCGGACUGUGUCACCAUGCCGGCCAAGAAAAAUAUGGAAGCGACGGAACCUCAAGUGGAGAUUGACACCCAAAAUACGGUGAAGGAUCACUACGACGUGCACGAGAAGCUGGGAGUUGGAAAGUUUGGCCAAGUGUUCCGGCUGUCUCACAAAGAGUCGGGCCAGGUGUGCGCAGGGAAAUUCUACAUGUCCAGGAGCUCCAAAGAGAGGUCUUUGGCCCACCAGGAGAUCGAGCUGAUGAACUGCCUGAACCACCCCAAACUGGUCCAGUGUCUGGCGGCCUACGAAGCCCCCUCCGAGAUGGUCAUGGUCAUGGAGUAUAUCGCAGGCGGGGAGCUCUUCGAACGCAUCGUGGACGACAACUUUGAGCAUACGGAACCGACGAGCGCUCGCUACAUGCAGCAGAUCCUGGAGGGCAUGCAGUAUGUCCACAAGCAGAGCAUCGUCCACCUGGACCUCAAGCCUGAGAACAUUGUCUGCGUGGACCCCACCGGAACCCGGAUCAAGAUCAUCGACUUUGGCCUGGCCAGUAAACUUGAGCCGGGAAAACCCCUCAUGGUGAUGCACGGAACCCCGGAGUUCGUGGCCCCCGAGGUGAUCAGCUACGAGCCCGUGGGAGUGGAGACGGACAUGUGGAGCAUCGGAGUCAUCUGCUUCAUCCUGCUAAGCGGAGAGUCGCCCUUCCAGGGAAACAACGACGCCGAGACCUUCGGCCUGGUCACCGCCGCUCGCUACGAGUUCGACCCGGAGAGUUUCGAGGACAUUUCGGAUCAGGCCAAGGAUUUCAUCGGCGCCCUGCUGAAGAAAGACCGCAUGUGCAGGUUGUCGUGCACCGAGGCCCUCGCUCACCCGUGGAUGGCCUCCUUCACGCCGCUCAACCACAGGCCUACCAAGUCCCUCAAGAAGGAGAAGAUGAGACGCUUUCUGGCUAGGCGCAAGUGGAAGAAAGCCGGCAAGGCUGUUCUGGCCCUGCAGCGGAUGUCUAACCUCUCCAACAGGCCAGACUCUCCUGGCAGCUCCUCAGAGGAGCCAAGCUGGAGCCAAGAGGCAGAGGAAGCCAUCCGCUCGCUGGAUAAGCAGCUCCAGAGCGAGCCUCGCUUCCGGGAGCCCCUGAGGGACGCCACCCUCCCCAAAGGAGCCACUGCUCAUCUGGCGUGCCGCGUGGAUGGUUAUCCACAUCCAGACAUCAAUUGGCUUCAGGGCGACGAGCCCGUAUCCGAGUCGUCCAGAGUGUCCGUUGAGUACAAAGACGACGGGGUCUGCCUCCUGGUUCUGGCCCAUUUAGAACCUUCAGACUCCGGGGUUUACGUGUGCCGGGCGAGCAACAAGCUCGGGUCGGCGUCGUGUUCGGCCAAACUCGUAGUGGACGAGUGAGGGUGAAGAAGUGAUGUUUCGGCUAUUCAACUAGUGCACUUGUGUGUGUUCUAGAAAGAGCAUGCGUUUAUUCAAGACAAUAUUGUACAUUUUUGCACAGUCCUUGUUGUUCAAUGUCAAUGUUUUUAUUAGCAUUCAUAAUUAAAGACUACAUUUGAGAGAUACAUUUAUUUUUGUUUU